AUGACAGACUUACAGUCCUUUUACCAUAGCUCGGUUCAGCCCAAAGGUGGAGACAUUGUUGUUGCAACCCUAGGUAAUAGCGGGUCUACCUUUGCUGUUGCCACGGCAAAGCGAAUGGUGUCUGUGUAUGUUCUUGGCCAAUCUGAGCCUACGCUGACAUUUAAAGACUUCAACAGUGAUGCAACGUCCAUCCUGUUCAGUUACGAUGAGUCUUUAUUGGCCCUAGGGACAAUGGGAGGUUCUGUCCAUGUUUAUGAUUUGAAAGCAAAGUCAUGUUAUUGGAGAUUUUCAGCGCACAAGUCAUACAUUACAGCUAUGGCCUUCACACAAUCAGGCAUGUUUCUCGCGACAGGCAGUAUUGACGGGAGCAUUCAUAUUUGGGACACGUCCAAGCGGGGAAAACUGCAGGAUAUAGCGAGUUGCAAUUCUCAGCCUAUUGUUCCUCCAACUGGUAUUAAGGGCUCUGCCAGACUAACGUCAGUAGUCAACGAUCCUGCCAUAACAGCCCUGACCUUCCCAUCUAGUGGGGCCUUCCUCUUCAUUGGGGAUGCAGCAGGGCGGAUAUUUAUUUGGAAUACAGUUUCUCUUGCCUUUAUCCAAGAGCUGAUGGCCACCAGUCGGUCAGGUAAUAGUAGCGAAGACCUAUCACUUACUAAUCCUCAUAUAAGUCAGAAUAGCAACCAACUGCUUCAAAUUACCAAGGUCAGCAUAAAGCAUAUCACUGCUCAUGAUGAGCACAAGAUCAUUGCCGUCUGCGACGGAGAGAAGGUAACGUACUGGGAUGUAGGAGCUUUUUCUGAAAUCACUAAAGAAAACAGGGCCGGUGGUUGUGAUUGGUCCUACUUUAUGAAUAAUUCUGAUGUUAGCUUAGUUUUUCAUCCUCAUGGCAUGCUCUGUGUGGAUUAUGAAGCAGAACAGGAGCAUGUCUUGAGCUCAGUGCCAGUCAAUCUAGACAACCUUUUUUCAGUAGCAAUUAGAAGGAGUUCCCGAUUGCCGCAGGUCGUCAUGCUGCUUCUGGAACAAUCAACGACACCCAGCGUGAGCAUUUGGGUGAUUAAUUUGAAGUAUGUUGAACCAUUUAAGACCUUGUAUGCCCAUCUGAUAGGUGACAAAGCCACAGAAGGGGGCAAACCCAUGAAGAAGUCAUCUGACACAGCAUCUACAGCGAGCAUACAGCAGCCCAAGCCAGCAGAAAAGCGGCAAAAGCCUCCACAAUCAACCUCAGUGGUUCCUGCACCGAACCCCAAUGGUAGAAAUCGUCCACAUGAGAAAGACGACAAAAGGCCUGCAGAACCCAAGAGGACAUCAGCAAGUGCUACGCCAGAGUCGGAUACCAUAGCUCAGCCAACGGUGUACUCUGUAUUUGAUUACAACAAAAUUCAACGGAAACCAGGUGAUACAGAUGAGAUGCUGUCUGUUUUAUUAGGCAACACAGAGAUAAUAGAGUCCAUGGAACAUAAAAGCAUCAUUGUGGGAGUGUUUAGUGAUUUGUGGCAUGAGGGAAACAUUAAGGUGGCCAUUGAAACCCUACUCCAAGAAAAGGAUAUGCGUGUGGUUUGUGACGUUCUUAAGAAAAUAGACGCCAGAAAUGGUAUUAGCAUAAGCGACAUACUUCCAGUCCUUAUCCACUUUUCUGCGUCUAUCGAACAUGCCAUUGCAUCUAAAGAUCCAUCUAUCACGGCCAUUUACAAUGCCACCGAUAGCAUGUCUCUAUCGGUCAAUUAUGCAAAGAUCUUCUCACAGGUUGUCUUUAGUACAAUUCAAGCCUAUAGCCGGACCAGUGCCAACGCCAACGAUGUCGCUCUGGAGGAUAGGUACGACAACUGCAUCAAGUUCUUCGAGUCCAUGUGCACAAUAAAAGGGCUCUGUGAAGAUGCUAGUGUACAGAGCACAAGCUCCAAAAUUAAAGCUAGUGCAAAGGCUUCUGCAGCUACACUACGCGAUCUACGGUUCACCAAGUAA